AAACAAUACCCCCGCUGUCGCCAACUAAUGGUAUGCUCCAGACCCAGACAAUCAUGUGAUUCAGACUCGAUUUAAACGUCGCAGGGGAACUCAAAAUUAGCCGGUUUUCGUUCAUUUAUCGUGUGUUUAUUUAACUUCUAACAACUUAUCAUAAUGCCGAUGUGUGGAGGMACCACAGAAGUAAAGGAUGCCGAUGAAAAUGUUCAGCAGAUCUGUGACCAGGUGAAGUCAAAGGUGGAGCAGAAAGCAGGGAAGACUUAUGACGUCUUCACCGCCAAGAAGUACAAAACUCAGCUUGUGGCCGGAACUAACUACUUUAUAAAGGUCCAUGUUGGUGGCGAGGACCACAUUCACGUCAGGGUUUGGAAAAAGCUCCCAUGUCAAGGAGAAGAAGUUGAGCUGUCCGCCGUGCAGCACAGCAAGACCCACGAGGACCCAAUCGAGUACUUCUAAAGGGAUCACGGUCCUCCAGUGCCUCCAGUCUCACAGUGAUCGGUUAGAAGCCCAACAUUCCUGUUCCUCGGAUGUUGUAAUGACAAGCUGUAAUUAGAUCACGAUGAUUGAAUAAUGGCCAAAUGGAAACGUUUUUUUUAUCAGUUGUAUGAAUAAAUAAGGGAAAUUUA